AUGGACAUUGAUGUAACAAAAUAUCAUUCAAGAAUUGAAUUAUUUGAAAAUUAUGAAAAUAAUAAUAAUGAAUUUAUCGAAAACACCGGAAAUGUCCAACGACGCGUUUUAACGCCGCAGGAAAUUGCCAAAACUUUUCGAAUAAUGGCUUAUCGAAAAUCUGAAAGGCAAGCUAGAGGAAGAUAUCGUUUUGCUUCAACAUAUGAAACUCGUUUGGUUUUGAUUAUCCUUGGAAUAGUUGAAGCAUUUACAUUAUUAAUAUGGAUAUUAAUACGUUAUGGUUAUCCAAAGAUAGUAAAAGACGCUUAUUGGCUCGAUACUAUUUGGUGGUGGUGUAUUAAACAAGAUGAUGCCAGAGGUAUUGAAGGCGAUACUGUGGAUGAAAAUGGUUUGCCUCAUGGACUUGGUGAAUGGGUUGAUGAUUCAUUCGAUGGUGAAUGUUUAAAAGGUUCAGGAACUGGUGACGCGUUUCAUUCUGUUCGUGUAGGGCUAGUGAAAAAUCGUCACACAACUUGGGAUGAGUGGAGACUUUUCCCUAAUCCAUAUCAGAGUGGAAUUGAUUCUAGUGUAGCGUCUGUUGAAUGUUCUGUUUCUGGAAAGUAUCUAAAGUAUCUUCCACGUGCAACUAUGAUUAUACCACCAAAGUUUGAAGAUCCUUCUCAAGAUGAUAAUGAGAGUUAUAUAUCUCCAAUUGAAUAUUGUCUCGGAUGUUUAAAAACAUUUGCUUCUGCAAUGGGUCCUGAUUUUGCUGUGAAGGAACAUUCUUCUGUUAUAAUAAGACUUUCUGAUAAUGGUUUAGCCAUCACUGGUUAUUUUCCUGUUAGUUCAACUACUUCCAAGGACGAGGUAGUUAUUAGAAGAGUGCCAAUAAAGGAUAAGUUGGAUUCUUCUAAAACUGAUUACGUUAUUGAAAUUGACGAUUGGCGUCCAUCAGGUCAAUUUCUAGCUCUUGCCGAUUUACCUAAUUACAUAAAACCAUUUGUAUUUUCUCCUCCUGGUGCAAAUUCAUUAUGGUACUUUGGUUCAAAAAAAAUGGGUAGUUCUGAAGAUGCCGUAAAUGAUUUUCGAACUUUUUUACAAAGACUUUGUAAUGCUGGUUUUUGUAAUGUACAUAUUAUGGCACAUUCAAUGGGAUGUGCACAUGCACUUGAAUACUUAAAAAUUUUUGAUGGAUUAUUUCAAACUUUUCAAACUGUUGCAAGUUCAAAUAAUGACAAUAAUAAUCCUAAGGCCAAAAAUUUACUAAUGAAACUUUCAACUUUCACACUACUUAAUCCGGAUGCAUCAUACAACACAUUUGUUAAAAAAGAUUAUGCAAGGCUUAUAAAUUAUUGUAAUCAUAUAACUAUUUAUUCCAAUUCUCGUGAUUUACCUCUCAAAAUUGGUGAAUAUUUAGGUAAUGAUAAAUCAUUAGGAUUACAUACUUCUGAUUUAUACUAUAAUAACAAAUUAAUGGAUUUGGAUUUAAUUGAUACUACUCAAUUGGAUGUGAAUAUUCAUAAGAUGAGACAUAAUUUCUUUAAUUUAAACAGAUUAUUGGUUGAUGAUUUAUCUGAUAUAAUUGUAUUUGGAAGGCGUGCAGGAGAAAGAAAAACUAGAUUAAGUCGUAAAUAUGUUGGACAUCGCGCUGGCUUAUUAGCUGGUUCUGAACAUGUUAUAGAACUCUCGGUUUUACCUCCAAAAUGUCGGACGGCGGCUUCAAGUCAAGAACAAGCCAUGAGUAAAAAUAUUCAAAUUUCGUUAGCAAUAAAAUUACAAGAAUUAUCAACAAGUUUUAGGAAGCAGCAAUCAGCUUAUAUGAAAAUUCGAAGUACUGGAUUAUUUUCCAUAGAAAGUAGAGAUUUAGAUGAAGAACAAGACUUUGGUUUUACAAAUGAUCAACUUACAUUAGUAGAAUCAUCCGAAGCAAUGAUUUCACAACGAGAACAUGAAAUAAAUGAAAUUGCAAAAUCAAUACAAACAAUAGCAGAAAUAUUUAAUGAGCUUCAAGCGCUUGUAAUCGAUCAAGGUACAUUAUUGGAUCGUAUUGAUUAUAAUGUUGAACAAAUGAACUAG